AAUAGUGUGCGGCGUGAUAAUUUUCAGACGCGGUGAGCUUUAUAAUUUCCUGCCUUGAAGGUGGAGGGGGUCUUUCGGCGAUUCAAGAUGGCUGCUGAAGUGUACUUGUUAUGGCUAUUCCCUUUAUUAAAUGCGAUAUAUAUGUGUGGUGCAGAGCUGUCAUCUGAAGCCUGUCGAGAGCUUGGUUUCUCCAGUAACUUGCUCUGCAGCUCAUGUGACCUCCUUGGCCAAUUCAGUCUCAACCAGCUGGACCCACAUUGCAGACAAUGUUGCCAAGAGGAAGCCCAAUUAGAAACAAAAAAGCUUUAUGCUGGAGCUGUCCUCGAAGUAUGUGGAUGAAAAUUGGGAAGGUUCCCCCAAGUCCAGGCUUUUGUCAGAAGUGAUAAGCCCAAGAUGUUCAAAGGCCUUCAGAUCAAGUAUGUACGUGGUUCUGACCCUGUGCUAAAGCUUUUGGACGACAAAGGGAACAUUGCAGAAGAACUGAGCAUUCUCAAAUGGAACACAGAUAGUGUGGAAGAAUUUCUUAGUGAAAAGUUGGAACGCUUAUAAAUUGCAUAGUACAAUUUUCUUGCAGUUUGCUAAGUUAUCAUUUAUAUACAGGACUAUGCUAAUACCUGAAUACCUGAAAACCUCCCUUGUAAUGCCAGUGAAAGUGAUGACAAAUUGAUCAAUAUAGAUCAUGUUAUGUUUUGGAAUGAAUUGAGCUGUUACUUGAAAUAUGUUUACUAUCAAAAGAAUUAUUUGGAAUUGGAUGGUCCAUUCUGUCACACUAUCACAAUUUUUAUGAUUGAAAAUAUUUUUUUCUUUGAAACAGAUUUUGAUGUUCUGCAUAAUUUCACUUCUUUUGAGCCCAUUCUAAAAUUUUCUAUUAAAUGUAGAUGGCUUUUGUUGGCUGUACUUAGACAGUGCCUACUGAUUACAGCAGUGGAUAUGAUGCAUUAAGUAUUUGUUCUUUUGUGAAGGCUGCACAGGAAACCUUUUUAAGGAUAUGUAUAGCCUGAUGUCUUGUGCAUUUACUGAUGUUUCUGCUCUGCUGUAAUACAAGUGGGUUGGAAAGAUGAUCUUGUUACAUUUGGAAUAAUAAAAGUUAUUUCUGAA